AUGCCAGAAGUGGUGAAACGGAAGAAAGCAGUGAUCAAUGUACGAUCAAAGGACAAUGCGUGUUUCGCGUGGUCGGUGGUCGCUGCUCUGCAUCCAGCUGAAAGACAUGUGGAUCGGAAAUCGUCGCAUCCGCAUUACAGCGAUGUGUUAAACCUGCGAGACGUUCCAAUGCCAAUGACAUUAAGUGGUAUUAAAAAGUUUGAACGGUUGAACAGUAUUUCCAUCAAUGUGUACAGCAUCGAUGAAAAGAACAAUUGCGAACACACAAUCGUACCGCUACGAGUUGCUGACGAGAAGAAGGAGAAGCACGUGAACCUAUUAUACCUGCAAGAUCAGGGGGGUGCUGAAGUGGGCCACUUCGUCUGGAUAAAAAACUUAUCCCGCCUCGUCAGUUCACAAUUGAGUGGUAAACAUGGGAAAAAAUACAUUUGCGAUCGGUGA